AUGGCCAAUCCCAAAACCGCCAUUCCUGUCGUUUUCGGCGCCAUGACAAUUGGCCAGCCUGACAAAGCGCACGUUCGGAUCGAUACUGUCGAAGGGACUAAUGCUAUUCUUGAUGUUUUCCAGAAACAUGGACAUACGGAGAUUGAUACGGCACGCAAUUAUGGAGCAGGUUCGACGGAGGAGUAUCUGGCGGCAGCAAAGUGGCAAGACCGCGGGUUGGUUAUGGAGACCAAGCUCUACCCAACAAAAGGACGAAACAUGGAGUGGCUGACUCCUGAAAUAUGGUCGCAUGAGCCGCAAGACGUUCGGGCCGGUUUGAUGGCCAGCUUGAAAGCCUUAAAGGCCGAUAAAAUCGACAUGUUCUAUUUGCAUGCCCCUGAUAGAAAUACGCCCAUUGAAGACACGCUUUGUGAAGUGGACAAGCUGUAUCGGGAGGGAUACUUUCGUCGCUUUGGUCUCUCCAACUUUCAAUCCUGGGAAGUGGCCAAGCUUUGUGAGAUUUGUGAAAAGAACGGUUAUAUCAAACCUAGCGCCUACCAGGCCUUGUAUAAUGCUUUCCAGCGGUCCAUUGAGGCUGAACUCGUUCCUUGUCUCCGUCACUAUGGAAUUGGCGUCUAUGCUUUCCAACCUCUUGCUGCAGGCUUCCUUACAUCGCGAUAUCAAAGAAAUCAAAGGGUGGAAGAAUACGAAGUUGGCUCCCGUUUUGAUCCUAGGAACAACAACAACAUGUUCUACCAUGAUCGUUAUCUGAAUGAUCGAUAUUUUGAUGCACUUGACCUCCUUCGUCCUGUGGCGAAGAAACAUGGUCUUACAGAGGCUGAAUGCGGCCUCCGAUGGAUAGUUCAUCAUAGUUCUCUGAAGAAGGAACUCAAAGAUGCUAUUAUUAUUGGUGCAUCUAGCCCAGCUCAGCUGGAGCAGAAUUUGGUUGAUCUCGAAAAAGGACCCUUGCCUGAUGAGGUGGUACAGGCACUGGACGCCGGAUGGAAGGGCAUCUCAGGAACAUACAGAUAUUGGCACUAG